AUGGACGGUCUGGGGGAUGGCGAUGGCAUCGGAUUUGACAUGAUGAUGAACCAGGAGCCCCAACUGUUCGGUGGCUACCCCCACGAUGGUUCGCACAUGGCCGGCAUGUCUGCGGGGUCUAUGUACGCGGACGAUUCGGCAUUGGGCGCGGGGAUGAGACCAACGAGGCGAAACGACGACGAAUUGCCAGGCAACUAUAAGACGGACUGUGUUUUCACUCAGGUCGAAAAGAAACGGAAUCCCCCGAAAGGUGCCAAAUACAUUGAAGGGUUGGAGAACCGCUUGGGUCGCAUGGAGUCCCUCCUACGGUUGUCGGGACUUCUCUCUGAGGACGAUAAUGGCAAAACCGAUCUGGGAACACUCGAAAAACGACUGGCGGAUCGGACGAACGCUUUAAACGCAGCGAGAACUGUGAAUAAGUUUUCAACUCCGAGUGCAACCCAGCAAACCGCACCCGCCUCUCACAAUACGACACCGCACAUGGAUUCAGGCUCGAGCCCGCGCACAGCCGCUACAUCCCCGGAGUCACAGAAGGAGUCAGAGACCGAGGUGGAGGCCUUAUCAGACAUGAUGUGCUCGCUUGUGACCAACAACUGCGGCGAGACCCGAUACAUCGGUUCCUCGUCCGGAUUUUCUAUCUUCUCUCCAAAGGGAAUUCAAUGGGUCAACGAAAAAACCGGUGAUACUUCGUUCCAAGACAUGAUCUCGUCCGCCUACGUUGAUGACAAUAAGUGGAUGUAUUGGAAACCGGAGAUCUUCAGCGAUAUAUUCGCUCGGCGGGUCUUCAAGCCCCUACCACCGAAGGAAGAGGCGCUUUCUCUGUUCAAGGACUUUUUUGAGAAUUUCAAUUGCGUGUUCCCAUUGUUCCACGAAGCCACGUUCAUGCAUCUCGUGGAAAAACAAUAUUCUCGGGAUCCUUAUGAAGGCUCUGGUUGGUGGGCCAGUAUCAAUGUCGUUCUCGCUAUCUCACAUCGACUUCGGGUGAUGAGCAAUUUGGUUCCUCACGAGGAAGAUAAGAAAGCGUGGUUAUACUUGAAAAAUGCUAUGGGUGUUUUGACCGAAUUGACAAUGAGGAAUACGGAUCUCUUGAGUGUUCAGGCAUUGUUAGGCAUGUCACUUUUCCUUCAGGGCACACCUAAUCCCCAACCAGCCUUUUUCCUUGUUGCCGCAGCAAUUCGUCUAUCUCAUAGCAUUGGGCUACACAAACGCGGCUCUGGCUUUGGGCUCAAUCCAGUCGAGGUGGAACAGCGGAAACGUGUGUUCUGGAUCGCAUACUGCCUUGAUAAAGAUAUCUGUCUUCGAUCUGGGCGACCCCCUGUACAGGACGACGAUGACAUGAAUGUUGAGCUUCCCAGCGACGAUCCACCUGACAAUGUCGGGAAUGUCCCACUUGCUGAUGGCAAGGGCAAAUUCAACCUCUUCAGGUCCCUUUGUGAAUUUGCAACCAUCGAAAGCAGCGUUUACAAGAGGCUUUACUCAGCCAAGGCCUCUAAACAGUCCGAUGGAGAAUUGCUCAAUACCAUUGGUGAGCUUGACAAGGAACUGGAGGAUUGGAAAGACAACAUUCCUGUCGACUUCCGCCCCGAACAUGAAAUCCAAGUCACCCACGGCCCUCUUCUUCUUCACGUCGUUGUUCUUCAGUUCUCAUACUACAACUGUCUGACUACAAUUCACCGCAUGUCUGUGCAUCAUGGAUAUUGGACCAGCCGCUUGUCAAACUAUGCGAUUCAAGGUUUGAAUGCCCGACCCUUGAACCCCAGGGUCUUCCUUUCAGCCGUUCUUUGUGUGACAGCAGCAAGAGCUUCGAUCAACCUGAUCAAGUAUAUUCCCCAGGGAGAUUUUGCUUGCGUUUGGCUAAUCCUCUACUACCCGGUAUCUGCACUUGUCACGCUCUUCGCUAAUAUCCUUCAAAACCCCGGUGAUGCCCGUGCACGUUCCGAUAUCAAGUUGAUGAAUGUGGUGGUUAACUUUCUGUCCACUUUGGUUUCUGAUGAAUCCAAUGGAAGCAUCAAACGCAUGCUUGGGCUCUGUGGAGAGUUCGAAAGAAUCGCCAAAGUGGUUCUCGAUAAAGCCGAGAGAGAAUCGCACGCACGAAAGAAGCGAAAGACUGCGCCGGAUGAGUCCGAUCAAUCACAGCGCGAGGCAAAUGAAGGACAGACCGCAACAUCCCCAAGACCCAAAACGCAACACGCACCUUCUACCUCUGGCCCCUUCUCACCAUCCAUGUUUGCCAAUAAUCCCGCUACCUCGGCCAACGAUGCCAAACACUUUGGCAAUGACCCCUCUAUCCCUUCAAACACCGGCCUCCCUAAUGGUCUUCCAAGUACCAUUCACAACAUGCCUGGCCUUGGACAAGAGUUCCCAGAUAUGCUUAGCCCGGAACAAUUUGGCAAUGUUCCUUUCUCCGACCAAGGCUCUUAUGAUGCCACUCCAAACAUCGGGUCGUUCCAACAACCAUUUGUUCCCCAGGAUUUAUGGCAGAUGCCAAUGACGAUUGAAUGGGACUGGGCAGAUAUGUCUACAAAUUUCCCCGUUUUUGAAUCCGGCGGUGUUGGCUCAAAUGGCCAGCCUCAAUGA